UAUGCCUAUGCUGGGAUGUCCAACAACCAAAUCACUGCCUCAGAAUGGAACGAUGUACAGCAAUACAAUGUUUUCAAAAGCCUAAAGAAGCAAAAUAGUGAACUAAAAACUUUAAUAUCCAUUGGAGGAUGGAGUUUUGGAACAAAGCCCUUCAAUGUGAUGGUAUCGACACCCAAGUAUCGUCAAGCAUUUAUCGCUUCAGUAAUUGAGUUCCUCAGAAAGUAUGAGUUUGAUGGAUUGGACAUUGACUGGGAAUACCCUGGCUCCAGAGGAAGUUCCCAGAGGGACAGGUCACUGUUUACCAUCCUUCUUCAGGAAAUUCGGGAAGCUUUUGAAAGAGAAGCUGAAACAAGCAAACAGCCAAGACUUUUGCUGACUGCUGCAGUGGCUUCAAGUAUCAACAAUAUCCAGUCAAGUUACCAAAUACCUCAAAUUGCUGAAGCCUUGGAUUUUAUCAAUGUUAUGACUUAUGACUUGCAUGGCUCUUGGGAAGGAUAUACUGGAGAAAACAGCCCACUAUUUGGAAAUUCCAGAGAAUCAAGAUACUUAAAUAUUGAAUAUGUUAUGAACUACUGGAAGACUCAUGGAGCACCAGCUUCAAAACUUAUUGUUGGUUUUCCAACUUAUGGUCGCACCUUCCUGUUGAAGAACCCCUCUGAUACUGCUAUGGGCGCUCUAACUGUAGGACCUGGACCUGCAGGUCCUUAUACCGGGCAAUCAGGCACAUGGGCUUACUAUGAGAUCUGCAUGUUUCUGAAAAAUGGAGCUACAAGUGAGUGGUCAUUUGGAGAAUAUGUUCCAUUUGCCUUUAAGGGCAAAGACUGGGUGGGAUAUGAUAACGUUGACAGCUUUCAAUUUAAGGCAGAGUGGGUAAUGCAGAAUGCCUUUGGAGGUGCUAUGGUUUGGUCCAUUGAUAUGGAUGACUUUACUGGUACAUUCUGUAACCAGGGCAAAUACCCUUUGCUUUCUACACUGAAGAGCACCCUUAGCAUCAAGUCAACCGAUUGCACCUCAUCUCCAAAAACCUCUACAGAAAAACCUAAAGUACAUGAAACAAGCAGCCAUGAAAAGAGUAGUGAUUCUGGUAGUCCACCAAAGAGUAGUAGUUCCAAAAACCCUAGCAGCAGCAGUAAGGACCAUCCAAAACCAAGUGAUUCUGGAACUCACCGAAGAAGCAGUCAUUUUGACAAUCCCAAGGGCAAUAAAAAUCCAACAAGUAGUGAUUCCAAUGGGCAUCCAAAAAGCACUGCUUCUACCGACCACACAAAGAGCAAUGAGGACCAUUCAAAGGCCAAAGCUCAGCCUGAUAGCAGCAAAUCUGGAAAACAUCCAAAGAACACUGAAAGCUCUGGAGGCGAUGGAUUCUGUGUAGGAAAAGCCAGCGGCUUGUAUCCAGUUGCAGGAAAAAGAAAUUCCUUUUGGAACUGCUGGCGAGGUCUCACCUAUCAGCAAGAUUGUCCUGUUGGUUUGGUUUUCAGUAUGAGCUGCAAAUGCUGUAAGUAAUAAUACUAAAAAUGAUCCUAAGAUUGAAGUUAUUUUAUAAAAA